AUAAAGACCGACCGAUCGGCUCUUCUUCUUCAGUCGAAACGAAGAAUUGGCAACGAUACAACCACUUUGCUCUGCCUAUACUCGUUCAGUUCAACAAGAAAAAAAUGUCCAAGAUCUGCAUCGUUAUGCUUUGUCUCGUCGGCCUGGCCAUGGCUGCUCCUCAAUCAGCACCGCAAGCGCGAGCCCUCCAGUUGGACCCCGUCUGCCUCCUAUCACCCAUUGCGGACCCGACCCAGAAUUGCAAAAAUGUCUCCGUCAGGUGGUAUUUUGACGCUGUCGAUGGCGACUGCGAGGACUUUGUGUAUUCCGGUUGCGGUGGCUCUGAGAACGUCUUCGAAAGUGAAUUUGCUUGCGAAGUUCGUUGCGAGAACGUUCAUGACCGUAUGAACAGCUUUGAGAGCGCUGAGAGCGCUGAAAGCGUUGAGGUACGUUGUAAUAACUUCUCGCUCAAGUGGUACUACGAUGCAAGGACCAGGGACUGCGAAAAAAUUCUGUACUCUGGAUGUGGUGGAUCUAAAAAUCUUUUCAACAGCGAAAACGCAUGCGAGAGGCUUUGCGACUAUGACAAUUUCGACAGCUAUGAGAGCGACGAAGACUUCCACGACUAUUACCCGUUGCCCACCUACAAGUACUUCUCUAUUGGAAAAUAAUUAUUCGAAUUUGUUCCAAUUUUUUCUUUUUCCAUCGAAAAAACUGUUGUUUUGUUUAGCCAUAAAUAAUUUAAUUUUACUUAUUUUGCUGUUAUAUUGGUAACAUGUUUGCCAUUCGAUGCAACUUUAAAAUACAAGUGGCUUCGAUCUCUUUGAA